CCUCCCUGCCUCACGCCCAAUCCCCUCGCCCGCACCGCUCCCUCCCUCCUCGAUCUCUCUCCCUGGCCAGCCGCCAUAGGUGGGAAACCCUAGCCCAUUAUCCCAAUCAACACAGCCACAGCUCCUCUCCUUCUUUCUCCCUUCUCCCCCCUCCUCCCCUCACCACAGCCACAACCUAGGGGCUCCGCCGUCCGUUUCGAUGAGAUCCACCACCUCGCGAGGUUCUCAUCUGCCCCAGGUUUCGAGGAAGCCGCGGGAGGAGGAGUGACCUCGGUGCGAGAUAGGUACCGAGGAGGAGCUCAACUAGUGCGUCUUCGGCCGGAGGAGGGAUGCGAGCCAGGAGGCGGAUCGGCUCGGCCCAGCUAUGGAGGCGGCCGGGGCGGGCGCGGAGAGGGCCGAUGCGGCGGCGGCCGGGGCGGGCGCGGAGAGGGCCGAUGCGGCGGCGGCCAAGGCCAGGGAGGACGAGGUUGCAUCCAUCAGCGAGAAGCGGCCAAUCCACCUGCGUGCCGUCACUGCAGGGAUAGCGAAGGUCAGCGAGAAAGGUCAUCGUGGGGGCACACCGCCGUCUCCCUCUCCCCUGGUGGCACCUCCCUAUAUGUUGAGGUUGGUCCUGGAAUGGUUGGCUUUAGGACUUUUGGUGGCAGUAUAUUCUUAUGCCGACGAAAAGCAUUUGCAGGAUGAUUAUGUGGUUAUCUGUGGCAGUGUGCUCCUAUCCUCCCCGCCUCCACACUUCAUUUUUGGAAAACUAAUGAUUUUAAUUCCUCGAUGUCAUAGAUGUUGAGGUUGGUCCUGGAAUGGUUGGCUUUGGGACUUUUGGUGGCAGUAUAUUCUUAUGCCGACGACAAGCAUUUGCAGGACGAUUAUGUGGUUAUCUGUGGCAGUGUGCUCCUAUCCUCCCCGCCUCCAUACUUCAUUUUUGGAAAACUAAUGAUUUUAAUUCCUCGAUGUCAUAGGUACCAUUGAUUGUGCCUCAGCUUCGUAGCCGAUCUUCGAUCGUCCAUGGCAUCAACACACAAAUUGAUAAUGCAAGCCUCAGGUCAAUACCUCCCCUAUUUGAUUUCUGCGGCAGAGUACUAAUAACUUUAUUGUUUGUGUUUUUGGAUAAGAUUUGCAUGGUAUUUCUAUCAUUGGUUGAUUGCUUGGAUACUUUCACUAUAGUAGUUGUUCUGCCUCAUCUAUCACUAUCUGCAAGCUUACUUUGAUUAUGUGUCUCCCAACUUUCUGUAACUAAAAAGCAGCCUGUAAAUGUAGCUUGAAUAAAAAUGGUACCUUUCUGUUUUGUGCAAGUUCAGAGUAUUAGUACUUUCAGUUUGUCCAAUUUUUGCAGGGAUAUUGUGUGAGGUUUGGUACAAGCUUUAAGACAAUCACUUAAUACAUUCAUUGGAUCACCAACUUUUGGCGUUUUUUGAUACUAGCUAGAUAUGUUGCGCCAUGGUUUUUUUCCAAAAAAAAUUACAACUGGCAAUUAACGACACAUCAAAUGUUCUGUGGAUCAUUUUGUUAGGUUGGAUUUAGUAGGUCAUAAUGGUUUUAUUCUACGACAGGAUUAAUUUUGUUUGUACUUUAACCAGUUCAAUGAUUGGUGGUCGAGCACUAUGAUCUUUGCACACUAAGGUUCGGUUGUGUUCUUUGAGAAAUACUAGCCUAACCCGCGCGGCGGCACGCCGCGCUUGAUGAUCACUCGCAAAUGGUCAAUCUAUUGAUUCAAGAGUGGAUCAGUGCAUGCUCAUUUAACCUCACAACAAUGUAUAGAGAUAUUGAAGAAACCGAGCAUAUGAAGCUAUUAAACUUUUUCAAAUGUAGGGGUACAAAGAUACAAAUUAAAAGUAGCACACUUCCAAGGCAAAUAAACUAUUUAGACUACAUAGAGUUCACUGUAAGCAGAGAACUAUAUGUAGAAACACAAACACAUUACAUAAAUGAGCUAGAAGUAGUUGGUGAUAUAUUAGAUCAUCCUAGUAUACCCUCCUGCAGGAUUGCUGCCCGUGAUAGAGUGGUAAAGUGAUUUUGCAAAUUCCUGCACAAAACUAAACUUAUUUGGCUGAAUGGUAUAUGGCUUUCAAACGUUGCAGCCUAGAUAGAACGAAUUGGGAAAGGCAAACAUUUUCCAAGCCCAUGGGCCGACUGGCCUGUCAAACUACUAAGCUCAUGGCCCACAUAUGCUCCACAAUUGUCGUAAGCUCGUUUCUUCUUGCAUUUUUUACACAAAGACCAAGCCAACAUCAUACAGUAACACUGAAUAUGAAAACAUGUCUUGUUACUGCUGAAAGAUGAAGUUAAAAAUAGAAAAUCCCUUGAAUAUACAUCCUACGACCUGGGUUGCUAGUACGUCGCCUUUUCAAAACCUGCACAC